CCCAUAAAUCACGAAUGCGCGAUUGAUUGCGAAGGACAGCUUCUCUCGUGUGCAGGAGAGAGAGAGAUCUAUCGUUCUAUCGUUCUAUCGUUCUAUUUGGGGCCGUUCUCUCUAAUCCGCUUUCUUCAAGUCCCUUUACUUGAAAAAUGGGGCUGUCUUUCACCAAGCUUUUCAGCCGGCUCUUUGCCAAGAAGGAGAUGCGAAUUCUCAUGGUGGGUCUUGACGCAGCUGGUAAGACAACGAUCCUUUACAAGCUCAAGCUGGGAGAAAUUGUCACCACCAUUCCUACCAUUGGUUUUAAUGUUGAGACUGUGGAAUACAAGAACAUCAGCUUCACCGUCUGGGAUGUUGGGGGUCAAGACAAGAUCCGACCAUUGUGGAGGCAUUAUUUCCAAAACACCCAAGGACUUAUUUUUGUGGUGGAUAGCAAUGACAGGGACCGUGUUGUUGAAGCUAGGGAUGAGCUGCACAGAAUGUUGAAUGAGGAUGAGCUGAGGGAUGCAGUGCUUUUGGUAUUUGCCAACAAGCAAGAUCUUCCCAAUGCCAUGAAUGCUGCUGAGAUCACCGAUAAGCUUGGUCUUCACUCCCUCCGACAACGUCACUGGUACAUCCAGAGCACAUGUGCCACAUCCGGUGAAGGGUUGUAUGAAGGACUUGACUGGCUCUCAAACAAUAUUGCCAACAAGGGAUAGAUGGGUUUCAUUUGAGGUGGGAUUGCUUCUGGAAAUUCAAAUGAAAGUCAUUUUUGUUGCAGUCCCUGUGAUCUAUAAGGAUGUUCCCAGUGGAUGAUUCCUAGGUUGGGUUUGAAUUCUGAAUAAUGAAAGAAAUUUUUGAAGUAUUUUGUGGUGUUAUCGACUCAAUAGCAUUGUUUUUAUGUAAUGAAUUAAUGAUGCUUCUUAAAUAGAUGGAUGUAUUUGUACGAGAAUCAUGUUUGCUUUUUGAAAUGGAUUGCUGAAAAGAAAUCACCUUGUAACUUUAUUGGAUUA